AUGCGUUCUCACGCCCUGUCAACUUGGUUUCUCUCUUCCAUAACGUUGGUGGCAACCGCAAUGAGUGCUCAAGCCCAAAGCUAUAUUCCUCGGCCAUUGGACGACAUGAUAAAGGACUUGGGCUUGGAGGAGCAUGUCAAGGAUAUACCAGGUGGUGAUAACCUCGAGGGGAAUGUAACUGCGCGAUGUAUUAUUGCCACCGAAGUUUUACGCCGUGUGCUCCCUUCUGAGGUUGAGAUGCCUGGCUCUGGUGCAUAUACUUCAAACAAGGAGAGUUACUGGGCUCAGCAGCAAUCGACAUUGUCGCCUUCUUGUUUCGUGGCCGCCAAGAGUCCCAAAUCUGUCGCAAAGGCCCUUGCGAUAUCUCGCAUUACACAAUGUCCUUUCGCUGUACGGUCUGGAGGGCAUUCGGAUGUCCCCGGUGCCUCGAAUACUGAGGAAGGCAUUGUUAUCGAUCUCCGUGCUUUCAACGAUAUCAAAGUGUCAGAAGAUAAGAAGGUGGCCACGGUUGGCCCCGGCGCCACCUGGGCUGAAGUAUAUCGACACCUUGACGAGUACGGGUUGACGGUUAUUGGAGGCCGCGCUUCCACUGUUGGCGUUGGUGGUUUGGCCCUCGGCGGUGGAAUGUCAUACAUUUCUGGACGUGGAGGGUUUGCUUGCGAUAACGUCUUGAAGUUUCAUGUCAUGAUGGCUGACGGCCAUAUCCUGGAAGUAGAUGAGAAGUCUCAUCCACUUCUUUACUUUGCCCUUCGCGGUGGCGGAAAUAACUUUGGUAUUGUUCUCCGAUUCGACUUCGAAACUUACCCUCUCGGCGAGUUCUGGGGUGGAAUUCGUGUUUACCCUGUCGAGGCUAAAGAAGCGAUUAAUGGCGGGCUCAGCUCGUUCAACGAUAACGCAUGGGAUGACCCAGACCUCGCUGUCAUUACCUCCUUUAUCCAUAGAUCAGGAAGCUGGUACUCCACCGUCAUCUUUGAUUACGCUAAACCCGAAGCGAACCCACCUAUCCUCACCACAAAUUUCGCAGACCUACUAAAAUACACUCCCUCAAGAGACACUAGCCGGAUCACCAAUAUGACACAGUUUGCCAUUGAGCUUGGACAGGGCACACCACCCGGUCUUCGCCAGCAGUUUACCACAGUUACGUAUAGGAAUAGCGCCGAGGUACAGAAUCGCAUGGUGGACAUCCUUAUGGAAGAAGUGAAGAACAUAGAAGGCCGGAUGUCCGCCAAGGAGGCAUUCGCACCCAUUGUUGCAUUCCAGCCUAUUCCUCCCUCCAUCAGCUCUAAGUUUUCGAAGAGAGGUGGAAAUGCGCUUGGUGUCAGUCCCGACGAUGGGCCUCUUAUAUUGGUCAAUCUUUGCUUCCAAUGGUCCAACGUUGCUGACGACCAGCUUGUUAUUUCGACAAUUGACCGGGUUCUUGAGAAGACGAACGAAUUUGCUAGGUCCAAGGGCCUUCUACACGAUUACAUCUAUAUGAACUACGCUGCUCCAUACCAGAAGCCGGUCACCAGCUACGGUGCCGAGAACGUGAAGAAGUUGCGCAAGGCGCAGGAGGAGUAUGAUCCUUUCUUGGUCUUUGAGAGGUUACAGCCAGGUGGAUUUAAACUGGACAUGUAG